GAGUGGUUCGCGAUCUCAAUAUUUGGUACCCGGCUUUGCUUAAAAAAAUUGGCUUGCCGAGAAAAGCCGAGUGGAAGAACAAAAUGUAAAUAACAACAUGAGCACUAUGAGUCAUUAGUUAUGGUUUGAUCAGUGACAUAUUCCAUUUUGUGAUGAUUUUUGGCUGCCAUGGACGAUUCCUCCAAGCCACUUUUACCCAGCAGGUUUGAACAUGAUGCUGAUAACCAGCAACAGAAAGGUCCAUGGAACAAGGAGCAUGACUUUUAUGGAAGCAUUGACAGACUGCCAUUGGGUAACGCAAACAGGGAGCGUGAGGUUAACAUAAACACAGAUGAAACUGUCUUGAUGAAAGUUGACUACAAAGGAUUCAAUUGUCACAGCUUCAUGGUUGUGCCAAUGAUUAUUCUGUACUUUUUCAGUGGAGGAGUUAUCACUUAUCUCAUACCGCAGUACACACAGUUUGUUAAAAAAGAAGAAAUAACAAGGAACAACCCUGAAUUCUCAAAAACUGACUUUGAUGCAUGCGCUCAUGUAAACCAUUCAGAUCCUGGAUACCAGAUUUAUGUUGAAAUACAGCAAGAAACUGCCAAGUGGACCAUAUACUUAUCAAUGGCCUCUCUAGUGCCCACCUUAUUGGGAAACAUAAUAUUCAUUCCGUUGUCAGACAUUUAUGGACGAAAGCUUGUGUUCAUGUUGACAUUGGUCGGUGCAAUAGUAAGAUUGGGUCUUUCCUCAUUUGUUGUUUACUACAAGUUGGAUUUGAUCUACCUGGUGAUUGGUCAUGUAAUCGAUGGAAUUUCCGGGUCUUUUAUGACCUUCCUGGCAAUGAUGUUUUCCUACACUUGUGACCUUCUGAGUAGCGGUAAACAGCGCACCCUUGGAAUUGUAAUGAUGGAGGUUCUGCUUGGCAUAAUAGGCACAGCUGCGUCAAUUUUAACUGGCUAUCUAUUGGACAAGAUAGGAUUUUUCUGGCCCCUUGCCCUUUCAACUUUCUUGUUGGUACUGGCCCUGAUAGUGCUUGUUUUCUGUGUACCAGAAACGUUAGGGAUCUCAAACCAACGCUCCGAGACCACUACGACACCCUGUGCAAGAGUGGAGGAGGUCUUUCAAAGCAUGCUUGAGGCAUUUAAGUUCUAUUUUACCCACAAGUCAAAGGUGAAGCGACUGAAAUAUAUACUGCUUAUCUGUGUUUUCACGUUCAUGUGCAUACCUUACCUAAACCGUGGAACUAUGGAGGUCUUGUAUCAACUCGGGCAACCAUUUUGUUGGUCGGCCACGAGGAUCGGUUGGUUUGCAGCUAUCAGGACAGCAAUAGUCAAUUGUUACACUGCUUGGCACCUUUCUUAUGCAAAAGUGUGUGGCCGAUGACAGUAUAGCGAUGGUUGGUAUAUCCGUAGUGGUGAUAUCAUACAUAGUAGAAGGACUUGCCACAUCAGACUUUGUUUUGUACAUGGUCCCUGUGUUGGCAUGCACGGCAGGUCUUCCUAUCCCAAUGAUCCGAAGCCUCAUGUCCUCUCUCACUCCUGCUGACAAACAAGGUGCUGUAUUUGGGAGCAUAGGUGCAGUGGAGACGUUUUGCUCUCUGAUUGGAGCCCUUAGCAAUAAUGUGAUCUACCUGGGAACAAUCAAGAUCAUGAAUGGACUCGUCUUCCUUAUUAUGGGUGCCAUCACCUGCAUUGGCGUGGUCUUCAUACUAGCGUACAUGUAUGUUGCAAGGACCCGACCUCCGGAUGAUGGAGAUGAAAGAACUACAAAAGAAGUCAUUAUUGAUGCUCCUUGAAAAACUAUUGCAUGUCUAAUUAGAAUGUAUGCUUAAUUUAAAGAUACCUAGCUUUGACUGCAUGUUUGCUUAUGACAUAUGAUAACCUCUUUACCCUUUACCACUUAGAUACUUAUUUUGAUGCAUUUGUAGUCCCUAAGAAAGUUGAAUUUAAUUAAAGACCUUUCUUACUAGAUUCAAGUUUUAAAGGCUUCAUUUCCAACCCUUAGAUACUGGUGAGCAGCAAACAGUAUAAAACCUGAACAGUCUGUGAGUUACUCGCUGGCUGUUCUGGUUUUAUUCUGGUUACAAAAGCCAUUUUCAUUUUGCUUAUUCUGGGAAAACGUUUAAUACAAUUCUUAAAAGGCAUUUCCUUGUUUUUAAGUGUUCAUGAAUUUCCUUUGAAAGGUUUAUUUUUUAUCGUAGCUUAACUAUUGAUUGUCAUCAUUUAAAUCAAUCAUGGAUGUAAAAAUAGGGUGAUGUUUAUAUAUUGUAAAGUGUUCUUGAAUUUCACUUGAGAAAUGGAUUAGUAUUUUACAUGAUGUUUUUAACAUUUAAUGAUAUUUUUAUAAAUUUUUCAAAUGUAAUUGUUAUAAGCAAGGUAAAUAAUGUUUUUUAAACCGAAUUUCUGUCUUUCAAGGUAUUUGUUUUUUCAUCUGCAGAGUUAUUAAAUGUUUUUAAAAAGUUAUAUAUACAUGUAGUAUAUACUACAUUAUUUACUGAAAAGAUCUAUUUGAAGAAAAGCCUCUGCUGAGUAGAGUCAUUUUGUUGACAUGUUUAAGUUAACAGUGUUCAAACUAUGUGAGUCAUUAGGCCUUUCUCAUUAUUGUUACAUUAUUAUUAACUAUAUUGUGUAUGUUAUUGUUUUAUUUUUUAAUUAUCGGAUAUUCAAAUGGUAUGUAUCCUUGUGAUGCUGAGGCAUAUAACUUUUAAAAUUAUUUUAGAUUUAAGUAUGUAUUUAAUAAUGUGAUAUUGCAUGAAUAUUUAAGCAAUCAGCAGUGUAUUUUAAUAUAUUUUUUACAAAUUAUAAAUUAAUGUAGGGCAUAUUUCAUUCAUAUCAAUAUUUGCACAAUGAUUUCCAAAUAAAUAUUUCUCAUGUACAAGUAUACUUUCUUAUAGCAAAAGUAUGUUUAGACAACAUUUAUUGUUGCUUUGCAGUAUACAUAAUUCCAGGUUAGAUUAAUGUUUGUGUAAGAAUAAUCAUAUUUGAUUGUUAUUAUAAAUGGAAAAUCAUUAGAUAUAAAGAUACACUUUUCUAAAACACAUUAAUACAUCAUUUGUUUCUGACAUAUAUGUAUAUAGUUAAUAUUUAUGUAUUCUAGUUUUUUUAAUGAUAAAAUAUAAUAUUUGUGACUACUCAAAUAAAUUUUUAUGUUUGAAAGAGCAUAAAUAUGAGUGCCUUUUUAUGGUUCAAACAAUUGUGAUGCAAAAUUCCCCUGUGUUUUCAGAAUCCUUAAAAUUACAAGGAGGUUGUAUUUUUUUAUUAUUAAUACAUUAUUAUUAAAUGGCUGUAGUUGUCAACCAAAUAUAUAUGGGUUUUUAAAAAUAUUUUUAUAAUGUAUUUGUGUGUGUUUUUAAAUACAUGUUAUUGUUAGUAUUUUUUUAAAUAAACUUCUAAUUUAUUAUUGUCAGAAGUUUGCACUUAUAGUUGCUGAAAUAGAUCUCAUCACAUUAACAUUCCAGUGUUAUGUGCACAGUGUUUUCCUUACUGGUUUUGUAUUUAUGAUUUUUAUAGUGGGCACAGUUCAAUUCGCAUAUGUUGUUGUUGUUUAAAGUAUUUCAAGUGCAUUUCCUCGAAGUCCGAAUAUUACAAUUCUAACUUCAUUUUUGUAUAGCUUUUAGCUUGUAUGAAACCAAAUGUUUACCUGGGUAGCAUGGAAGACCACAUAAUUAUUGCAAUAAAUCGCUUACUGUUAUUGGUUUGAAAAGUACUAUUCCUCGUUAAUCUAAGAUUGAUGAUAAUCAUAAUGAGAGCGGUCUUAAAUAAAUAUUAAAUACAAACAUUUAAUGACAGUAAGCAAACUUUAAAAAUAUGACAUCAUUACAAUCUCGUUUUUCCUAUUUUGUACAUAUACAUGCAUACUUUGCUUGCUUUACUUUCUGGUCUACCCACUUUCGUUUUUUGCUGUCAGCAUUUUGAUUUUUUAUAAGUAUUGGUUAGUUUAAGAUGCAGGAAAAUGAUCUAACACAUGCUGAGUUACAUGUGUUAUAACCUGUUGAAACAGGUCCCAAUGUAAGCUAUUUAUCUAGUCUUAAUUUCUCAAAAUUCUAAGAAUAACAGUUUUAAGAAUUACUGGGUUAAGCUAUACAUUUCAUUGAUUCAAAUUACUAUUUUAGAUUUGUUUACAAAGUAUCCAUUAUAAUUUGAGGUAUUUAUUUAACUUAAAAUUAAAUUUCAGUUAAUCCUUUUAAAACAUACUUAAGAAUAUUCGAGAAGUAUAUUCCAGGUAACUUCAUCUGGAUCCUUUUUUGCCCUUGUUUUUUGUAUACUAUGAUUUAAUAUUUUUAAUUAGUCCCUUUUGUGCUUGUAUUGAUAAUUUAUGCAAUGUUUUAUUUUUGUUCAAAGAAUUAUAAAUAUUCGACCUACUGUUACUAUACUAUGUUUUUGUAAUUUCUUACAGUAACAUAAAUACUCAAAAUCAACAAAAAUUUUGAAACAUAUUUCCUGAAAUAAAGUAAACCCAUCAAAAAUGAGUGUACUUUAUUGCAAUAGCCAAAAUGUCAACGCUUUAUGUAUAUAUAUAUAUAUAUAUAUA